ACCGCACCAAAUUAAUACUCGAUCUACCUCAAAUUCUACUUGUCGAAUACCCGACAUGGGUAGGCCACUGUGCUACUUCUGCAAUCUUCUCACCACGAGCUCUGCCCAAAGUUCCUCCGCCUCCGUCUACGCAGAGUAUGAGUUGAAAGAGUUCGACGAAAGAUUGGAAGAUAGUGAAGCUACAAAUGUGGCAGAGGACGACUGUUCUCUAUUCUCUCUUAUUAGAGACUUGUACAAGACAUGGCACAAGGGUCAAGAGCCUGGUCCGGGACGAUAUUGCUUUAGUUGCAGUCCAUACUCGUAUGACGUUACUGCUCUUCCAGAUGCGUCGAAUAACGUCAAAGAUUUCCAAGUUGCUAUGUUCCCGGACCCAGUGGGAUUCGUUGCCGUAACUCGCAUGACCGAAUGGAUCAAACAAUGCAACAAUAACCAUCAAUGGUGUCAGAAAGGAGACACUCGAUUCUCCCCAACAAGGCUGCUUGACGUAGGUGCCAAAGAUUUAGACACCGUAACACUGGUAGAACCAGUCGGCAAAGUCGAAUAUCUUGCCCUUAGUCACUGUUGGGGGCAAUCCAAUGCUUUUAUUACUACUCCUGCUACAAUGGAUCAGAUGAAGAAGGGCUUUCUCUUAACUUCAGAUAUUACAAAGACCUUUCGAGAUGCUAUCAUUGUUACUCGAAAGCUCGGAAUACGUUAUCUGUGGAUCGAUUCUCUUUGCAUUAUCCAGGGCGACGUUGCUGACUGGGAGAGGGAAGCAUCACGAAUGGCUGACGUAUACCGUGGUGCAUAUUUAACUAUUGGAGCCAUCAACGCCUCGGAUGACCGAGAAGGAUUCUUGACGCAAAGAAAGCCUCCCGCCUGGGAACUCAAGGUCUUCACUUCAGUUGGGAAGAGUACGCAUGUGUAUUUACGCGCUCAGGGUGAUGAAUUCACGACGCCCUCAGCAGCGCCCCUGGACACGCGAGGUUGGACUUUGCAAGAGCAGUAUCUUUCACGGCGUAUGCUCCGGUUUAGCGACUACCAAACUACUUGGAGAUGUCAGGAAAUGAGGCAUGAGGAGCUCCAAUUGGCCGCUAACUAUAGUUUGAGAGACUGGACCAUUACUGAGCUUUCCGAGGCCCCAAGGGCUGACGAGAAAAUUCACCACAAGUGGUACUACAUGGUCCGCAACUAUUCCUCACGAAAACUGUCCGUCGAUACAGACCGGCUUCCAGCAUUGUCUGGCCUAGCAUCUUAUGUUGCUAGGUUUCGGAAUGGUCAGUACUGUGCAGGGAUGUGGUGGGGAGAUAUCGGCCAUGUGCUCUGCUGGCGCGUUGCAAGAGGUGCGCGAGCUUCGAGGGAUUACAUUGCACCGUCGUGGUCUUGGGUCUCUCUUUUUGGUACCGUCUCGUUUCCCCACCAGCUGUCCGGUGACUACUUGUCUCCCAAGCCUAUGUCAUCCGUCACGUACCUUGAUUUUCACCUCGAGCCCAAGGGAAUUGACGUCUUUGGUCAGCUAGCACGUGGAUGGCUUCUUCUGCAAGCAGUCAUGGUCCGACUGAUCAGGCCAUUUGAAACUCAGACAGGAGAACCGAGGUACCGUAUCCACGGCAUAGAGGAGAGGUAUCAAGUAGGAGUUAAAUUCGAUCUUGAGCAAUCACAACAGGAAGUCCUGGGUCUGGUACUCAUGCGUGAGGGAAUCGAGGAAAUCGCAAGGCGCAAACGGCUAGAUAAAGUAAAACUUAUUGGCAUACUUAUUCAAGAGGCUAGGCAGGAAGAUUUGUCACACUUUCGCAAAGGCAGACGGCUCCCUCGCUGCGAGAGUGUUUUUCAAAGAGUUGGUUACUUUGAUGUCGAAAUGACAACAAAGGAGGAAGAGCAGAUCCUGAAGAGCAAGGUGCGGGAUAUCGUCUUGAUAUAACCUUAGGGACUCUACAUAUCGAC